AUGAGCACAGAAAAGAAAAAAACGUCCCAGGACCAGCAGCCUUCCAACACUCUUUCGUCCAUCGUUUCGAACCUGGUGCGUGCGGCCAUCGGUGGAAGCCAUGAAGAAGUGCCCGAUGAGGACCUGGACAAGUAUGUGGCUGAUAUGAUCAUGAAGUCCGCCAACAAGGCCCACAACAGAUACCAGUCCGUCGGCCUUGCUGCAUAUACCCCCUCAGGCCUGACCAAUGCUGAUAGCGAAGACAAAGCACAAUUGGGAUCGGGUGUCAUAAUCGACCGCACCGAGAGCAAUGGCCUCAAAACCAACAAACGAUUUCUUUCUUCAAUCAUCAAGAGCACGGACGAUCACAACCAGGCGUUGAUUCGCGCAGAGGACAGGAGAGCGACAGAGAUGGCCAAGGAGCUGAUAGCAGAUCUGGAUAGACGGGCGGCAGGACGCAGACGAGAGCUAAGCCAGGAUAGAGAAGGCAAACGAGAUGGCCGGCCGUCGAGAUCAGAAUCGCCGAGAACGAGGUUGCGGUCACGGUCACCAGCAUCGGAUACUGGGGACAAAAUCAAAGUGCGUGGACGGGGGUCCCGGAAAUAUGAUAGCAGCCAUAUGGACAAGUACUUUGAGGAGGGAUACGACCCAUUGCUGGACACCCGCUCUGGAGAUGAAGCAGUGAAGAAGGAGAAGCAUAAGAAGAAGGAAAAGAAGGAUCGAAAGAGCAAG